UAAGGGAAGUGUUGUAUGCUUUGAUGAUCAAUCACCUUGUUUUCUUUAGGGAGUGAAAAAUGGUUCGAUACGCCACAGAACCAGAUAACCCAACAAAAUCGGCCAAGGCUAGGGGAUCCUACCUUCGUGUUCAUUUCAAGAACACAAGGGAAACGGCACAAGCCAUCAAACGUAUGCAUGUGAAGAGAGCAACAAAAUAUCUUAAGAAUGUAAUGGCUAAAAAGGAAGUGGUUCCUUUCCGCAGAUUCAGUGGUGGAGUUGGCCGCUGUGCUCAGGCUAAAGCCUUCAAACAUCCCCAAGGUCGUUGGCCAAAGAAGAGUGCUGAAUUUCUAUUGCAACUUUUAAAGAAUGCUGAAAGUAAUGCAGAGUACAAGGGAUUGGAUACCGAUCACUUGGUCAUUGAACACAUUAUGGUGAACGCUGCACCCAAAAUGAGGAGGAGGACUUAUCGUGCUCACGGUCGCAUCAAUCCUUACAUGAGCAGUCCCUGCCACAUUGAGUUGAUCCUGGCCGAGCGUGAACAAGCCGUGCCACGCCCAGGUACCACUGAUGAUGAACCAGUGAAGAAGAAGGUUUCUCAAAAGAAACUAAAAAGACAGAAAAUGAUGAUGAGGGAUUAAAUAAAUUAUUGUUCACUGGU